UUUUUUUGGAAUUUUUUUGGUGUUUUUUUCCCCUCUCGUCUCCCGUUUUUCCAGAAGCUUCUUACUGUGUCGUGAACUUUGCCUGCCGGGGGGCGACACCGACACCGGCACGGGGACCUGCCCCAUCCCUUCCUCCCGUUCACGUGCAGCCUGGGAAGCACCGAGGGAGGCAUGGCGUGGCCAGGCCAAGCACUGAAAGCCAAGGGCAAAUUGAAGUGCGUGGAGGAAGACCUGGAUGACAGCCUGCCAGACCUCAUGUGGCUGAGGGACUUCACAGUGGCCCAGACUGGCCUGCCUCAGUUAUACUCCGGCUCAGACCCGCAGGACUGUUACACCAUGAGUGAGAGUCUGUUCAGCCUGGCUGAUUUCGAGUCGCCGUGCUCGCCCCUGGCCGCUGACCCGGCCUGCAAGGGCACACGCCACACCCCCUGCACGCCCGUCUCCUCCUCCACCUCCUCCUCCAGCACGCACCACGACCCGGCUGUGCCCCCUCAUCUGGCAGGGGACAUCGACUACAAGACCAACCCUCACGUCAAGCCACCCUACUCGUACGCCACCCUCAUCUGCAUGGCCAUGGAAGCCAGCAAUAAACCCAAAAUCACCCUCUCUGCCAUCUACAAGUGGAUUACUGACAACUUCUGCUACUUCCGACACGCUGAUCCCACCUGGCAGAACUCCAUCAGGCACAACCUGUCCUUGAACAAGUCCUUCAUCAAGGUGCCUCGACAGAAAGACGAGCCGGGGAAAGGUGGAUUUUGGAAGCUGGACCCCUACUAUGCCAACCGGCUCAAGUACGGGACCUACAAGAAGCGGAGGAUGUCCCCGGUGCAGAUCCACCCGGCCUUCUCUGGGAGAGUCCAGACAGAGGCACGGCACGUUGGCAGCCCAGCCUCCUCCUCCUGCAGCUCCAACAACCUCCUGGAGGCCAACGUGGCAUCGCAGCAGCUGCUCAAAGAGUUUGAGGAAAGCACCAGCAGCCAGAGCUGGAGCCCCGUGGGUACCAACGCGGGGCAGAAGCGCAAGCAGCCCUCGCCCCUGCCCACAGCCAAGGCGGCCCGGCUCCCCAGCUCAGCCCUGAUGACCCAGGAGGAGCAGACUGAGCUGGGCUCCCUGAAAGGUGUCUUUGACUGGGAAACUGUCUUUAACACCAACCUCAAUGGAGACUUCUCCACUCUGGUGGAUAUGGAGCUCCCACCUUCCGUCAACCCUGUCACGUGUGACCUGGACUGGACAGGACAAGGGCAGCAUGUGGAGUGUCCCCAGGGGCAGGAGCAAGUUGUCACUGAAUCCAACCAGUACAGCCUGGACUUUAAUGAAACCCUCAUGGCCACCACUUUCUUGGAGCAUCCCUGGGAUGAAGGGACAAAUGAUUACCUCUCCAACUGUGUCAACAUCGACCAGGUGUUUGAAGACAUCGAUGCCUCUUUGCUGGCAGAUGUCAUCAACCUGAGCAGCCUGGCACGCCUCUUGUAAGGCUUUUGUAGGAUGCUCUCCCCAAGCUGGGACUUACAAGGGACAAGAUUUCCUA